AUAUAGUGAGAAGCAAUGGCGUCGACGGCUCCUGCGUUCUGCGUCGCGCUGCUGCUGCUGGUGGUUUCCGUGGCCGGCGUCCGCGCGGUGCCCCAGGACAGCGGCACGUCCACCUGCAGCACCGACCUCUUCCGCCUCCUCCCCUGCCUGCCCUUCAUCGAGGGCAGCGCCGCCGUGCCGGCGGACACCUGCUGCGCCAACCUGGGCAGCAUGGUGCACGACGAGCCGCAGUGCCUGUGCCAGGCCCUCAGCAACCCCAGCACGGCCCCCGUCGCCGUCAACAUGACGCGCGUGAUGGCGAUGCCUCGCCUCUGCCGCCUCGACCUCCCGCCCGCCACCGGCGCCUGCGCAGUUGCAGGUCUUCUUCCCCAUGGAACAUCACCGCCGGCGCCGCCAGCACGCGCGGUCACUCCACGCCCAAGCGCCAACUCCACUGCUCCAGCGACCCUCACGCCGGCGACGCCAACGCCAACGCCGACGACACCACGUAUGAUUCCGUCACCGUCGGUGAGCAGCCAGAUGCCGCGAUACAGCAGGGGGUCCAAGGUGAUAGCCGAUGGCUUUUCUGUCGCCCUUGGUUUUGUGGCAUUGGUGUCAGUCCUAGCUUUCUGAAGAAUUGGGCCACAUCCUACAGCGAUGGGUGGUAUUUGUGUGGCAAUUAGAAUUAUGUCUUACAGAAACUUAGCUGUUUUCUGAUGGGCUUGUUUCCUAGAGAGAUUAGCAGUCCAAGGAAAUACUACUGUUUGUCCAUCCCGGUUGUUCGGUUAGCAGAUUGUUAUUUUCAGUAGCAAAUGUGGCCAUUAAUGAA